ACCGGGGCUGAGGAGGAGUGAGUGACGAGGAGGGAGCGAUCACCACCAGCACCAGGGAAAAAAAAUACCAGGAGCGAUAAAAUGCACGAACGACAGGGAUCCACUAUUUGACUUGUCAGUAUUACGCUUUUCGCGCUUUGGGGUUUUGGCGUCGGUGAGGCUUUUUUUUUUUUCAUUUUUAAUUGGGGAACGUUAGGUGAAUGACAUGAAGCUCCUCUGUGUGUCUGGUUUUUAGCCAGUUGGCUGCAAUUCCAGGGAUGGCUCUCUGAGAGCUAACCUAGCCAGCUAACUAUUAGCCUGCCCGUUCAGCUACCUUGGUCGCUGGGUGCCUCCGUCUGAAGAGGUACUUGUCCUGGGCGCCGACUACUCGUUAACACAGCCCAGGGUUCGUGGAGGACUUAAGGCGGGGGCUCAGCCUAUCUGGAUGGACUCUUGGACGGGGCUUGGACAGUGUUGGUGUCGGGGCGGCUAGGCUUGUACUCGGCCGGGCAACCAGAGGGGGGAUUGCACAAAUGCGGCCGUGGCAGCUAACUCUGUCCCACUAUCUCUGGGACCGAAGUUGGUAGUGUUAUGUAUUUUUCCUCGAGGCCAGGCGCAAAAAGUGAUUUUUUAAAAAAAAAUUGGCGCAUUGGAAAUUCGUCAAGUUGUCACGUUAGCUUGGUUAUAGCGUUGGUAGCAUUUAGCUCAAGGGCUAGUUACUGAGUUAUCCAAACUAAAACAGGCUCCCGUGGAAAGUGCAUCAAACGAAAUGCUUCUUUGCGCCCUUGACAGGCUUCUAAGGUGUUUGCUGACGUGUUGCGUUGCAAAUUGUCUGUGAGGAGCUCCCGGUCCCUGUAGCCUGAGGAUUUGCUGAAGAUUUCUGACUAACGUUGAUCUGUCAAAUAUUUAACUCUUGACAGCAGUUUUCGCAUCAACAAAGGAGGCCGGGCUCUGCAGAGACUCUCCAGCUCCGUUCUCAGUGUCUGGAUACAAGUUGUUGAAAGGAGACUGUUGAGCAGGGGGGUGGGGGGGGUUAUUUAUUUGAUACUUUGUGUGAGGUCCAGCCCGGCGCCCCUUGUUAGACGGGCUUGUUCAGCUCAUGCGGUGAUGACUUUAGACUCCAUGAUGGCUUGUUGCCUGAGUGAGGAGGCGAAGGAGUCCAAACGAAUCAACGCUGAGAUCGAGAAGCAACUCCGGCGAGACAAGAGAGAUGCAAGAAGGGAGCUGAAGCUGCUUCUGCUGGGUACUGGAGAGAGUGGCAAGAGCACUUUCAUCAAACAGAUGAGAAUAAUCCAUGGGUCAGGCUACACAGAUGAGGAUAAGAAGGGCUUCACCAAACUGGUCUACCAGAACAUCUUCACCUCAAUGCAGGCCAUGAUACGUGCAACUGAGACCCUCAAGAUCCCCUUCAAGUAUGAACAGAACAAGAAUAAUGCACUGGUGGUGCGUGAGGUGGACGUGGAGAAGGUUUCGUCAUUUGAUCAGCCGUACAUUGGGGCGAUAAAGAUGCUGUGGACCGACCCUGGCAUCCAGGAGGCAUAUGAUCGCAGGAGAGAGUACCAGCUCUCUGACUCAACCAAAUAUUACCUUAGCGAUAUAGAUCGAAUAGCAACACCAGGCUUCGUGCCCACUCAGCAGGAUGUGCUGCGGGUCCGAGUGCCUACCACCGGCAUCAUUGAGUACCCGUUUGACCUAGAGAAUAUUGUCUUCAGGAUGGUGGAUGUAGGGGGUCAGAGGUCAGAGAGGAGGAAGUGGAUCCACUGCUUUGAGAAUGUCACCUCCAUCAUGUUCCUGGUGGCGCUCAGCGAAUACGACCAGGUCCUGGUGGAGUCAGACAAUGAGAAUCGUAUGGAGGAGAGUAAAGCUCUUUUCAGGACCAUCAUCACAUAUCCCUGGUUCCAAAACUCCUCUGUCAUUCUCUUCCUGAACAAGAAGGACCUGCUGGAGGAGAAGAUUAUGUACUCUCACCUGGUUGACUACUUCCCAGAGUUUGAUGGGCCUCAGCGGGACGCUCAGGCAGGCCGGGAGUUUAUCUUGAAGAUGUUUGUGGACUUGAACCCAGACAGUGACAAGAUAAUCUACUCCCAUUUCACGUGUGCCACCGACACGGAGAACAUCCGGUUCGUCUUCGCAGCCGUCAAAGACACCAUCCUGCAGCUCAACCUCAAAGAAUACAACCUGGUGUGAACAAGAGAGAGAGAGAGAGAGAGAUGGAGCCCCCCACCCACACACCCACAAUGCAGAGUCCACUUGUAGAACAUGCGCAUCUGCAUAAAAUGCACUGCUCCUCAAGGAGAUGAGCAUUUAGUUUACCAGACCAACACUCCCCAUGUUUUGUCCCUUCUGUCCACUCAGAUCGGAUCUGUCCCCCUCCUUUCACAAUCACACUUAAACCACACGAAAUAUAGCACUCCCUCCGUUUGUCCUCCUCUCUGGUGGGGUUUUGGUCUGCUCCUGGGCUCCUCCUGCUCUUCUUCUGGCCCUCGAUUGUGGCUCACAUUUUUCUUUCUUUACACUACAUUAUCACUUGUGCUUGUGUGUUUGAGGUGCGUAGAGGGCCUUCUCUGGGUAGCCUGAGCUUUUAAGGACAAAGGGCUCUCUCCUGUUCUUAUUUAACCCGUGCAUGCUACACACUACAGCAUGAGGACAUGAGCCCAGGCUGCAGGAUCUGGACUCAUCUGCAAAGGGUAACUAACUACGAUGAUAGAAGCAUAUAAUCAGGCAGUGCUGGGGUGCAGCGUGGUACUUGGUUGCCCAGGUCUUUAAGUAUGUUUGAUUUUUUUUUUUCUCCCCCAAAUCAGAGCAAAGGAGCUCUGUUGAAUGUUAAUAAAGUUCACGCUCCUCACACAGAGUGAGGGCCACGCAGAGACAUGUUCUCUGUUGACUUAUAUUUCCACGUAACAUCUUGGUUGUUUUAUUCCUGCUAUUAUCCACCAGUCAAAGAUGACUACUUAAAGAAGCGCAGCCCUUAAGGAAGAGUCACAUUAUGUUUCUAAAAGACAAUUUAAAAUGCAGGAACACACUGUACAUCAACUCGCCUGUAAUUUUGUGUCACAUUGCCAAAUUAAGUCCAUAUUUUUUUUUCUGUAAAUAUAAUUACGUAGCCAGUAUCAUAUUCAGAAGUAGAAGAUGUUUGGGAACUGAUAUUGCCAAAAUGAAGUGUUUUCUCGUUUUCUCUCCUCUUGGAUCAUUCAGAUGUUGGCGGCAUAGCGACUCUCUUUGCGUGGCAUUUCUUCACGUCAGCAGUUGUCUGAAUCACACAUGUAACCGUACUAUGAUUUAUUUUGUUCCGAUUGAUGGUGAGAAUCAUUUUCUUGUGCACAACGUGUGAAUGACACCAGAUUAGUUCGGUGGAAUAGUCGGCUAUAGAUCGAAAUAAAGCUUCUUGCGUUGCCACUCGGCUGCAGUUGGUUGGCUUUUGUUUUACCAUAUUAUUCGGCCAACAUUUGAUAAACGGUCACAUAAAGCGAGAGAGUAAAUAGUUCUUUUUUUUUUUGUAUGUCUAAUUUAUCAAUCAGAUCAGUAAGUGAGACUUCCUCCCCAGUUUCAGCUCAAAGAUUUUUCCAACCUUGGAGAUGGGAGGAGAUUUUAUACUGCUGUAAAAUAUCAAAACUAUUUUAUGGACAAGUGUUCUAUCUUUCUAAUGAUACUUCAUAUAUUUAGCUGUCGCCGUUCUGUUUUGAAAUGCUUGACGAAGGGCAACACUAUUUCCCCCCCGUCAGGUUUGUGCUUUAUGCAAAAGUAAAAUGAAAACAGACAAAAAAUACUUGGUGGUUUAAAUAUUUACUGUUCGAGGAUGCUUGCAAGUCUCUUUUUUUUUGUAACUUUUGAAGAUAUGCGUUGGCUCUUGGUACCAAUCCCAUAUCGUGCGUCUUGCCUGAUAGUUGUUUAAAUAUUCCAUUAAGCUGAGAGUUGAUAGAUGGCUAUUUUUGUCUUCACAAUGUAAUUCAGGUAAGUUUUCAUAACUUUUUCAUCACAAGGGCUACUCCUAGCAGCUUUGGCAGAAAUGAAAGGACUCUAUGGAUGACAUGGAGCAAAAGGUGCAAUUAAUUAAACGGGGGGAAGGGGUUGGGGGGGGGGUGUCUGAAUUGCGAGCGUGUUGACAUCCUGUUGGGGGUGAUGGCUGCAGAGGUGGGAGGGGGUGCAGCAGUCCACAGAGGCCUACGUGACAUUCCUGAGGGACGUCUGCUGGCUGGUUGGCUCUUUGUUCUCUUUUUGCCUUUAGAGGAGGAAAAUGGCUAAUGUCAAAGACAAGUGGGGUUUUCUGAGGUGCACAUUUUCAGUGUCCUAGCUGUCGCACCUUACCACUUCUCUUAUCAAUGUGCUGAUCUUUUUGACUCUUUAUUAUCUUCUCCACUAUGUGCUUAUGCAUAUUUGCCUCUUCAUUGGUAGUGUGUCUAUGUUUGGCAUCGGCUGUGGUGGGAGUUGGGGGGGGUGGGGAGGGAGUGCCGGGACGUUUUGACUUUUAUGUGCACAUUGAAAAAGCUGGCGGGGUCAAAUGACACAUCAAAGUGGUUACUACACAUCCUGCUGCACUCGUUGUAUUUGAAAUAGUUUGCCAAAUGGUUUACAAAUGUUUCCACAGAAAUCCUGUAUAAUCUGCUCAGUUUUAGGGGAGUCUAUUCAGCCCCGUGUGUUCCUUAGCCUUGAUUUUAGUCCCAUGUAACCAGUGAGAGUGUGUUCAAUGUGUUUAGAAACCCAUUAUCUUUUUCUGAAACAUUUAAUGAAGGAGGGACAUAUAUUUAUGCUAAGUGCCGACACGUUUUAUUAAAUGAAACUGCAGACGUCGCAGAGAAGUUUGGUGGUGAUCCUUUUUUUUUUUUUUCCAGCGUGUAUUGGUAAAGGGUUGAUCUCUGGUGCUUCAGCCAACAUUUAAAGGCCUUUUUUUGACCUGUUUUGUCCCAUGUGAUGCACACUUACUUGCUUGCAAGUUAAUUCUGCAGCCGCCACUUUUGUAUUUCAGUCCGUGGAUUAAUAAACAAGUUGACAGCUUAAUUUGGAAAAGAAUAUUGUGUUCUGCUUCAGUGUUGGGAUAACAUGGUCAUGUCUGUGUUUGAAAUUUUUAGCUUCCAGAAAGCACACGGUUCCCCUGAACUGUGGCUUGUCACCUUGAGGGCAGGUGUUCGGUCUCUUGCACUUCAUUUUCUUAUAGAUAGCUUACUGUCCUGUGAGUGGACUUGAGAGAGCUUCUAUGUGAUGUGAUGACAAAAAGAAAAUAUAUUUAUGAAGAGCAUCUGUGGUGGACCCACAUCUCGCCUUGAUACAGAGCCAGAAAGUCACGCGGCUACACUACCAGUGAUCAGAGCCAUCAGAGGAUCUGGGUCAGACAUUUAAAAUCCUUCUGAUUUCUACUUUUUUUUUUUUUUUUUUGUUCUAAACAAGAGAAGGUUUGGACGACAAUCCAGUACAAUGUGUGCCAAACAAAAUCAAUCAACUGAAAAGCGCUGAAAAAUCUGUUAUAACUUGACCCUGACCUCUGUGGUAAAAAAAUAAAAAUGUAAUGAAGCUUGCGUACUAAGCCUCAGUGUUAUCAUAUUUAUUGAAACACUUGCCAAGUGAAGGUACUGAAAUUUAGGGGGUUAUAACAGUGAGCGAGUGAAUAUGCUGCGAGUUUCGUCCACCAUUCUCUGCUCUGUGGGUUUUUUCCCCUCCUUUAUUGGAUCGGACUAUGUAUUCUUUCUCUGGGUCGAAGGCACUGAAACUGCACCAAUGCAAUGGGCCUGCAUCCAUGCAACUUAGACGUCCAUUCAACCACGCUCGUUGGUACUCUGAGGUGUGUGUGUAUGUGUGCAUACACUUUGAUGGCUGUUGCUUAUGCUUGAGAUCCAUUCUGGUUCUUGGGAUGGACAUAGUGAUAUGAAAAGCUAUCUUUGCAUCGUUUUCUUUUGGAAGGUUGACACACCUUGACACAUGUAUUUAGGACCACUUAAGACGACAGACUUUCUUUUUUUUCUUUUUUUUUUAAGAGUUAAAAUUAACUUGUGUAGUGGUGUACAAAUUGAACGUAAUGUAUUUUUUGUUUGAUUUUCUUUCUUUCUUUCUUUCUUUUUUUUUAAGUAUACCAAAUGUAAAUUCUGUACAAUGAGUGUGCCAAUCCCCUUUCUUUGUAAAGCCAGAUUCUUAACAAGUGCCAAUGUUGUGAAAAAUCAGAGGGCCCGUGAAUUUCAUGGUCCAGUUUUUAAAACAAACACUAAAGUAUGUGAUUAAUUAACAACAAAAAAGGACAAUUUUAUUCUAUAUUUAAGAUUAACGAUGAACUGCUGUUUUUAAGAUAAGUGUCAUUUUAAUUGCAUGUGUUUGUCAUGUUGGGGAGGGAGUGGGUGGGUGAGAUACUCUAUUCAUGCAACGCCCUCAAGAAAAGGGUCCUAAUGGUUAUUGAGUUACAGUAUUUUAGCCAUAUUUCUCUUUUUGUAUGUUUCAUUUCAACCACUGUUGCCUGAACCUCAUUCAAACAUGAAAAUGAUUUUUACAUAGCCUUCUCCUUUAAAUGUUUUAAAUUGGAAUAAAAUAUGUUCCUAUACUCUC